UACAUUUUUCCCAGCCUCGCGUGUAUAGCCUUUUCACGCUGGUGUCUCGGCCUCUCGGCUCGAUCUUCUCGCUCGCGAAUGGCGUCCGCGUCGUCAUCACUCUCCCCCACCCACCGAUGGCCUCCCGCUCAGCCCGAACUUCCCUGCUCGCCACCGGCCCCGCCUCGCUUUCCAGUGCGUCGGCUAGCCGCUCUACCAGUCCUCCGCCUCCCUUUCCAGUGCGUCGGUGGCCUCGAAGUGGUGUCUGGGAGGUGUUCGACGGAAUGCUCCUGCGGGUCGGGAGCACAGCUGGCCUCCCAGCCUCGCAGGUAAGGAUUGGUCUGUUCCUCUGUGCAUUAUUGCAAAUUACAAUGGCGUCUGAGUCAGAGUCUGAGGUUGAGUAAUCCAAGGACUGGCUGGGCAGCCAUUCGGACGUUGCCCAACUUCACUUACAGUUACAGAAUUAAACGCUGGUGGUCGUUAAAACAGCGAGGAGUUAACAAAGGCAUAUGAAAGAGAGUAGACGAUGCGAUGCCAAUGAAACAAGUGUGGGUUUGGUGCUUGUGCUUGCCGUUGCUUGAGAAUUUGAGAUGCCUUGGUGUCUUCUUCAACUUGUCACAGCGGUGCCUGUUUCUAGAAAAGAAAAGGAUAAGAAUCAAAUAAAGGAAAACUCCACCAGCAGCUGCUAGCUAGUAGAAUCAAACGAAGGAAAGGAAUGCUCCACCAACAGCUAAUGGUUGAUCCCAGCCUCUCCUCCCACGACAUCUUCCCUGCACGCGCCUACAUAUACCCACUCCACGCAACCAGCUCCGGCAAAACAAUAUAGAGAAAAGGAACUCCGGUCGAAUUCCGUCGCAACUCGAUCAUCGUCGUCUUCGCAGCAGGGAGCCACGCCGGAUUCACAUUCCUGGCGUUGCGAUGGACUUCGCCGUGGACGCUGCGCUCUGGGUGUUGGGCAAGGCGCUGGCCCCGGUCACGGACGGCCUGCUGGAGUCAUGGGCGGCCAGCGCCGGGCUUGGCCACAACAUCGACGCCCUCAAGAUGGAGCUCCUCUAUGCGCAGGGGAUGCUCGACAACGCGCAGGGCAGGGAAUUCCGCAGCCCCGCGCUCAAGGAGCUUCUACACAAGCUCGGGGAGCUCGCGUACGGGGCGGACGAUGUGCUCGACGAGCUCGACUACUUCCGCAUCCAGGAUGCGCUCGACGGCACCUACCACGCCGCCGCCGACUUGGAUGCACAGGGCUGCAUUGAUGGCCUCCUCCUCAAUGCUCGGCACACCGCCAGGGACACUGCUCACAAACUCAGGCUCUCGGCCUCAUGUUCGCGUGGUGCAAGCGCAAGCCAUGGUGAUCCUGACGAUGAAGCAGAAGGUGGCAAACAAGGAUGCCUAUGUAGCAUUCGCACUCGCGGCAGGCAUCAAAUCAGCUCCCCACCAGCGUCACCAACCAACAACGGUGGAUGCAUUUCCAAGGUCGCUUCUCGUGCUCGCAGCACUGCCCACAUUAUCAGUAAGAACUUGACAUGCUACUCCUUCCCGUCCGUUCACGAUGAUGAUGCCAUGUUGGAAUCGUCCAACAUGGCAGCGAGUGGACGGUGGUUCCUUUGUGGCGCCUGGAAGUCCAAGGCAGUACAGACAAAUCAUGUAGGGCAAACUCCCAAAAUGGAAUUUGAUAGGGUGGGGAUGUCCCAAAAGAUGAUGGAAAUAGUGGAGCAGCUGAAAGCCCUAUGUGGAAAGGUCUCCACCAUCCUCAAUCUAGAGCUAUUGGGUUCUAAUCGUACCCCUAACCAAGACACUACCAUGAACAGACCCAAAACCACCCCAAACAUUGUAGAGCCUGAGUUAUUUGGGAGAGAUAGUCUGAAAAAGAACAUCGUGGAUGAUAUUACACAUGGUAAAUAUUGUACAAGUGAACUUACUGUGGUUCCACUUGUUGGUCCGGGUGGUAUUGGGAAGACAACACUCACACAACACAUAUUUAGAGAACUAGAGAGUUCUUUCCAAGUUUCGGUUUGGAUAUGUGUCUCUCUCGAUUUUAAUGCAGAUAGGUUGCUACAAGAGAUUGUGAACAAGAUCCCUAAAGUAAAUGGUGAAAAGGUUAAUACUAGCAACCAAGAGUUAAUUGAACAAAGGUUGAAAUCUAAGCGGUUGUUGCUUGUUUUAGAUGAUGUGUGGACAUAUCAUGAGGAUGAGUGGAAAAAACUAUUAGCUCCAUUAAAACAUAACAAUGGAGACAAGGGUAAUGUGGUUAUAGUCACUACACGAAUUCCAAAGGUAGCAAGUAUGGUCACCACAACUAAUUCUUCAAUCGACGUGGAACGUCUAAGUCAUGGGGAUACUAUGUCUUUCUUCGAAGUAUGUGUAUUUGGUGACCAACGACCAUGGGAAGACCACCCUGAAUUACGUGAUGUUGGGAAUACAAUAGUAACAAAAUUGAAAGGUUUCCCUCUUGCAGCAAAAACAGUUGGUAGAUUACUAAGAAACCAGCUUACCUUGGACCACUGGACAAGAGUUGCAGAAAGUAGAGAAUGGGAAUUACAGACCAACGACAUUGACAUUAUGCCUGCCCUAAAGCUUAGCUAUGAUUUUCUCCCUUUUCAUCUACAACAAUGUUUUUCCUAUUGUGCAUUGUUUCCAGAAGAUUAUGAAUUUGGUAGCAAAGAGUUGACUCACUUCUGGAUAGGACUAGGCAUUAUAAGGUCACAUGAUCAGGCCAAAAGAACAGAAGAUGUUGCACUGUGCUAUUUAAAUGACUUGGUAAAUCAUGGAUUCUUUAGAAAGAAUGAGAAACAAAAUGGUCCUCGUUAUGUUAUUCAUGAUCUACUACAUGACUUGGCUGUGAAGGUUUCAUCGUAUGAAUGCCUUUGCAUAUAUAGUUCUAACAUAAGGUCCAUACAAAUUCCUGCAUCCGUACGUCACUUGUCCAUCAUUGUAGAAAAUACUGAUGUCAAAGAUAUAAUCACUUUUAAAGAAUACAACAGUUAUUUGAGUGCACUAGGUAAAAGAUUGAAAGUUCAGAACUUACGCACUUUGGUGCUGUUUGGUGAAUACCAUGGAAACUUUGCCAAAACUUUUAGGGGUUUAUUUAGGGAAGCUAGAGCCUUACGCACUAUUUUUCUGUCUGGUGCAUUGUAUUCUGUGGAUGAUGUGUUGCUGGACUUUUCAGAACUUGUCCAUCUCCGCUACCUAAGGAUCAAAUCAGUUCGUAAUAAGGACAUGUGCUUACCUAGUGCAUUGUUUAGAUCUUAUCACUUAGAGGUAAUUGAUCUUGAAAGUUGGGGAGGUAGCUUUGGUUCAACAAGUCAAAUGAGCAGCCUUGUAAAAUUGCGUCAUUUUGUUGUGCCGGAAGAUAGUCUUAAACUUCACUCUAGCAUAUGCGAGGUUGGGGAACUUAAAUUCCUAGAGGAACUGAGGAGAUUUGAAGUGGGAAAAGAAACCAAGGGUUUUGAACUAAGUCAACUAGGAGAACUGACAGAGCUUGGAGGAUCACUUGGCAUUUAUAAUCUCGAAAAGGUGCAGAAAAAAGACGAGGCAAAUGAACUAAAACUGAUAGACAAAAACCACUUGCACAAGUUAAUACUAGAAUGGUGUAUUGAUAGACCUAACAGGAAUGCAGAACAAGAAGAACAUGUCAUUGAAAGUCUCGUACCACACAGUAAUCUGCAAGACCUAUGCAUUAGAGGACAUGGAGGUGCUAAUUGCCCAUCAUGGUUGGGCAGGUACCUCUCUGUUGAAAAUUUAGAAUCUCUUUCCCUAUGUGACGUAUCUUGGAGCAACCUUCCCCCUUUAGGGAAGCUGGGGUUCGUUGCUGGUGAAGGGUGGCAGAGUCAUGUCUCAAGCCAAAGUUUCCAUAUUCUGAAAAGGCUAGAAAUAGUCAACAUACCAAAACUACAAAAAUGGGCUGGAAACGAACCUUGUCAUUUGUUCUCCGUUCUAGAGGUGGUCAUCUUUAUAGAUUGUCCUGAACUCGUCGAAUUGCCAUUUUCACACCCUACUAGCCAUCGAGCAAAGCAUGAUGAGAAUAUGUCUUGGUUUCCUAAACUACGGGAGCUCAAGAUUAUAUGCUGCCCCAAAUUGGCGUCAUUGCCUCCAAUCCCUUGGACUCAAGCUCUGUGCUCUGCUGAGAUAAGGCAAGCAGGAUCAGUAUUUGAGCAGCUAGUUUACCCAAAUAACUACGGAGCGGAAUUGAGUUUGGAAGUUGAGGGAAAAGAUGGUCAGCAUGGCGUGCUGUGGAAUGGGCUGGCUUUCCAUAAUCUAGCUGGUCUGAAAGGGCUGUGGGUGAAGAACUGCCCUCCCCUGCCACUGAUUCACCUCCAAAAGCUAAAAUCUCUCAAGUUCCUCGUGAUAACCGGUACGAGCAACUCGUUGCUGCUGUUUGAAGGUGAAGGCUAUAAUACUGAAUGCCCGCUUCCAGUUGAACAUAUUGGGAUCAAGGAGUGUGGUGCUGAUGGGAAGGAACUGACACAACUAUUAUCUCAUUUCUCGAAGCUCACUAAGUUGGGAGUGAGAAGUUGUGAGAAGAUAACAGAGCUUGGCGUGGAGGUGCUUCAGACAGAGAUGACGACAUCAUCUCCAUGUAAUGAAAUUGUAAUUGAGUAUGCACAAGAAAGGCACCAUCAGACAAGAGGGGAGGAGGUAGAAGAUGCAGCAGCAGGAGGAGGAGGUCUGCUGCUGCUGCCUCGGCAACUAGAGGAGUUGAGCAUCAUUGAGUGCAGAGAGCUGCGGUUACUCUCCGGUUCACUUGGGAAUGACAGCAAACACGGAGGAGGGCUCCAGAGUCUUUGUCCUCUCCAAAGUCUCUGCUCCCUCCGCUCGUUGGAGAUAUAUGAUUGCCCCAGGUUCCUCUCGUCCUAUUCGUCCUCCGCCUCAUCUUGUUUCCCCUUCCCGACCUCCCUGCAACAACUCAUGCUGUGGGGCGUGGAGGGCAUGGAGACGCUGGUUCCCCUCUCAAAUCUCCUCUCUCUCACCGAUUUAACCGUGCAUAACUGUGGGGAUCUAAGAGGCGACGGCUUGUGGCCUCUCGUCGCCCAGGGCCGACUCACACAAUUACAAGUCACUGAAACCCCCAAAUUCUUCACUGGUUCAGAGCCCUCACAACCGCAUGACCAAGAGAUUCCUUCCUCUUCAUCCAAACUCGAGCGUCUCUGGACAGAUGACUUGGUGGGAGUCCUUACCGCGCCCAUCUGGGAACUCCUCUCUUCCUCCCUCACCAAAUUAAUCUUUUGGGGGAACAAAGAGGUGGAGCGCUUCACAGAGGAGCAAGAGGAGGCCCUUCGCCUCCUCAGUUCCCUCCAGGAACUCGAGUUUUUGGGCUGUGAGAAGCUGCAGCGCCUCUCUGCAGGGCUGACCAAGCUUGCCAGCCUCAAGAUAUUACGCAUCUGGUGGCGUCCAGCCAUUCAAUUGCUGCCCAAGGACGGACUACCAAGUUCUCUGCAAGAAUUAGACAUCAGAGACUGUCCUGCCAUCAAAUCUCUGCCCAAGGACGGCCUGCCAAGUUCACUACAAAAAUUAGAGGUUCCUUAUGGCAUCAGCGAGGAGCUUAAAAGGCAGUGCCGCAAGUUAAAAGGAACCAUUCCAAUAAUCAUAGACUACAACAACGACUACUAAUCCAAGGGCUCUUCUUGGAUUUGUACAUUCUUCUAGCCUAGUCUUAUAGAUCCAAUUCUCUUUCUAUCCAAGCACAGUUCAUGGAGUUGCUGCCCUUACAAGCAUGAAGAAGGUUUCAGAUUAUUAUUGCACCCGCACAUUAUUAUACUGGUUAUGGCCUCUGCUAUGGAGCUCUAAAAAUUGUUCUACCUUUGAAGAACUUUCUGCAUGCACAAUUUUGGACGCCAUGACCUUGUGUGGCUUCUCCUACAUAACUAUGGGAUCUGUCUUGGAGUUGUACAUUCUUAUAGCCUUGGAGAGCUUUCUCCUUCUACGAAAAAAGCUAAAAAAAAACAGAAAAAGAAAAAAGAGAAAAAAAAGAAAAAGAGAAAAAAAUAAAAGGAAAAAGGAAAAAAAAGAAAAAAAGGAAAAGAAAGGAAAUGGUUUUAAAAAAGAGAGUAAAGCUUUCCAUCUGUUCAGUGUCCGCACGUGUGGUAGUCUUGUGACUUUAUGUGAGGUGUUUGUGUAGUUGUUGUACGUUCUUUCACAGCAAAAGUAGUAAUUUUAAUUGUGUAGGGUUGUUUGUCUGAUAGUUGUGUUGCAUAUUUGGAAAUCAACAUGGCAGUAGUAGCUCCCAACAAAAGGAAAGGGAAAUGGAAAUUUGCAAGGGAAAGAAUUAAAUCCAUUAUGUGGUUUCUGUGUGGUAUCUGUAUGAAAAGGGAGAAAUAUUAACUGAUUAUGAGUUCUGGGACUGAGAGAAGCUGCAGCGCCUCCCCGAGGGGCUAACCAAGCUUGAGAUUGCAGAUCAGAGACUGUCCAGUUGCUGCCCAAGGACAUCCUCCUGAACCCCUCUACAAGAAUUUGUGAUCGGGCGUUGUCUGUUUUGUCAAAUCUCUGCCCAAGGACGGCCUGACAAGUUCUCUAUGGAAAUUAGAGGUUUUUAAUGGCAUCAGCGAGGAGCUAAAAGGGAAGUGCCGCAAGUUAAAAGGAAUCAUUCCGAUAAUCAAAGGCUACAACUAAUCCAAGGGCUCUUCUUGGAUUUGUACAUUCUUCUAGCUUAGCCUUGUAGACCCAGUUCUUUGUGUCCAAGCACAGUUCCAGAACUUGCUGCCCAUGAAGAUCCCCCUUUAUAGCACCCAUCCAUUGCUAAACUGGAUGGCCUCCCGAGUUGUCUCCAACAAUAUGGGAUCUCCUACUGUUAGACGACCUCCUAAGUUCACCCGCAUUACAUGUCUGUGGUGACAGCAGCAAGGAGCUAAAAAAGGCAGUCCAGCAGAGCCCUUCUUGGAUGCGCACAUUCUUCUAGCCUUGCCUUGUAGACCCAAUUAUGUCUUUCAUGAAGUUGGCAAUCCAUGUGCAAAUGCCUCCAUGUGCACCUCCAUGUACAUAAACUGCCUACUUUGCAGGCCUCUGCCAUGGAGUCGCAAAUUCUUCUGCCCUUGCAUUCACACAUAGUGCGUGCUUCAUUUCUUCGGGUGGCAUCACCUCCCUGUGCAGAUAUGGGAUCUGUCCUGGACUUGAGCUUUCUCAUAGCCUUGUAGAAAUCUCUUCAUUCUUCUGGCCAAAAAAAAAGAAAAAAAAAAGAAAAGAAAAAAGAGAAAAAAGAGAAAAAGGACAAAGGAAAAAAGGAAAAAAGAAAAAAAGAAAAAGGGAAAAAGAAAAAAAGGGCAAAAGGAAAAGGAAAGAAAAAAAAAGUUUUUUACCUAAAAAUCCAAACAUUCAAAGUUAACACAUAUUGUUGUGUGGUACCUUUAAAAUGGGUAGUUGUGUCAUUGUAUCAUGUUCUUUCAAGAAAAAAAAAAGGUAGCGGCAUUGUUGGAUUUCGAGUUACAAACUUUCUUACUCAGAAAUAGGACCGGUUGCCUGAUAGUCGUGUUUAAAAUUGGGAAACCAACAAGGGAGUAUUAGGUUCUUGUAAAAGAAAAGAAAGGAAAAAAGGGAACAAGAGAACCAAAAGAAAGAAGAGUAAAACAGGGAAAAUAGUAGCAGACUCCAUUGUGUUGGAUUAAUGAAGUGUGCGCCCUGCAGUGUGCUAGACUGAAGCUGAAUUAAUAAGAUCAGCCUCCUUGGAAGCAAAAGUAUGUGCAGAAGUUGUGGUUAGUUCAGGUUGUCUUCUGUCACUGCAAUGGCCAUAAAAGUAACGGUACUGUCCGGUGAAUGCAAUCUGUUCCAAGCGCUUUUGUAUCAAAGCCAGGAUUAUAUGGUUCUUGAACUGCAUGCGCACAAUGUGAACUGAAACAUCUUCAGCUUAGACUAUCCGAUCAAUCGUGAAACGCUGCCAUGAAAUCUGACCAGGCCAAAAUCCUCCUUCAGAUGAAAGUAACGGUAUUGUUCGGUGAAUGCAAUCUGUUCCGGGCGCUUUUGUAACAAAGCCAGGAUUAUAUAAUUCUUGAACUGCGUGGUGCACAAUGUGAACCGGAUCAUCUUCAGCUUGGACUAGUUUAAUCAUGAAUCGGAAAAUGCGACCAUGAAUAUGCGAUCAAGCAAAACCUUCCUUCAUAUGUCUCUUUAUUAGCAGAUAAAACAUGGAAGGUACCGGCAAAAUGGUUGGCAUUUUCUUCACAAAAGGAAAAUGCUGCUCAUCUGGUUUGCAUGGCGUCUUCAGUGCCGCGCUCUGGAAAUCCUACUCUGCUGGGCUCUCUUGAGAAAGGGAAACGAAGGGAAAAUGUGAAAAACCUAAUAAGGGAAGAAAGAGAAGUGGGAAAUAUAACAUAUAAAAGCAACUCUCCAUCUACUUACACUUUGCACAAGUGGGCUGAGAUGUGCGAAAUGCGGAGAGCUGAGGACCCAUCCCUCAACCAAAACCCCUGUGGCUCCAUGCUGUGGUGGUGUAGAGAAUGGUCAGAAGUUUGGCAUGGUGGCGAAGGGUGUUGGGUGAGUAGCGGCGAUGCCAACGACUUGGUAGUGAGCGAUCCAUGGCGGCGGCGAAGGAAGAGCAUAGAGGUGACAUUCCUGUUUGGUCUGAGUUCGAGUCUGCGUGUUGCCCCCCUUAAAGUUGAAGCCAUAUCCUUGCUGGUCAGGGGUGCUCGAUAGAAGACACAGUCAACAGUGCUUCUUGAUGUAGACUUUGGUACUAGAUGAAGAACAGGUUCAUCCGGGGUAUUCAUUGGUCAGUUCAUCGCAGCUAGAAGCACAAGGUGUGUUCUGGUGCGCUGACGGGUGGGCGCGCAUAGAUGGAUGGUGUAGAAUGUGAACCGAAUCAGUUUCAGCUUGGACUAGUUUAAUCGUCAAUCGAGAAAUGCGGCCAUGAAUAUUCGAUCAAGCGAAAAGCUUCAUUCAUAUGGUGGUGUUGGAGUUGCAGGCUCAAACCCACUGCCAAGUGCUGCUUUUUGUACUCAACAUGGGAGAUGCAUGAAGAUUACAGGUCCGGGAUCAUGUGAAUCCUACAUAAUGUCUAGGUGUUCAGCUCGCAGUUUCAUCUCCAUGAAUUUAGUCUUGUUUUCUAUUGCACCAGGAAGGUGAGCUAAGCAGACUAGCUGCGAGAACGUCAAUCACUUGUCUAUGGUCAGGCACUAUGUAUGUCUCUAAAUAUAUGCUUUUCUUUGCUUUCAAGCUGUACUAAACACGAUUAAUUGUAAUAAUGUAACCUUGAUGAGCAAAGUGAGCAUCUCACUGAUUCUCAGAGUAAAUAUGAAAGUGGCGUUGCUAA